GAAGUUCUGGAUAAAAAUAUUCGGUCAAACAAUAUCAACAUUGACCAUUAACUUCGUGCCUAUAUAUACUACCUCCACACUCCAAAUCUCCUCAACUCUCAUCUCUUUGUUUUCUAGCCUUCCUAUCUCCCUCUGCAGACUAGUUGCUUAAGAGUUAAUCACAAAGGAAGUGUACAUAUGGUUGAUAUUCAGAUCCCAAGCACGUUCGAUCCAUUUGCAGAGGCUAAAGAAUCGGAUGCACCGGGUACAAAAGAGUACGUGCAUAUUCGCAUACAACAAAGGAAUGGAAAGAAGAGCUUAACGACGGUGCAAGGGCUGAAAAAGGAGUUUAGCUAUGAGAAGAUCUUAAAAGAUCUCAAGAAAGAGUUUUGUUGCAAUGGAAAUGUUGUGAAUUGUAAGGAUCUUGGCAAGAUUAUUCAACUUCAAGGCGAUCAGCGCAAGAAUGUUUCUCACUUUCUUGUUCAUGCUAAUCUUGUCAGAAAGGACAGCAUCAAGAUUCAUGGUUUUUAAUCAAGAUUAAUACAUGUUUCUGUUUUCUAUAUGCAUGCUUGUAUUAAUAUUAAUCAAAGUUGAUAAAGUUUGAUUUAAGAUGAGAGUGUUUAUUUACUAAAUAAGACACAGAAUGGAAUAUUAUUAUUAUUAUUAUUAU